AUGACAACUGGCCUAUCACCUCGGCUUCGUAAGGAGUUUCUGAAGAAUGACACCGUGGAAAACUUCCUUGAAAAAACGCUGAAUGAGAUUGUCAACUCACUCAAGACAAUUCAAUAUGCAUUAUUCCAAGAAAAUGCUUCUUUACAAAAACCGAAAAGCCAUAGCAACGAGUCUGAAAUCACGACAAACAGCACUCACCAGCACCCAAAUAUCCCACUAGUUGUGACUGUGUGUUGUGAGGAAGGCCGCCACCGAAGUGUUGCUUUUGUGGAAGAAUUAGCCCAAAGACUUUUACUGCUAAAGAAUGGUGCUGGUAUGUCUCAUGCUUGGAAACUGAAUGUUACUACUGCCCAUCGCGAUCUGGAAGCCUUGGGGGGUUCCCCCGGUGGUUCGGACUCAAUGGUAAGCGGACAACUAGGAAAGUCCCAUACCAAAAGUAAACGAGAAAAGGGAAAGGACACAAGAAGGCUUAACCAGAAGAACAGGAAUGGAUAUGAGGAUGAGAUUGUAUGA